GCCGCGGAGAGGACGUAGUAGAAUGUGGUCCGCGAGUGAAAUGAAGCGAUACAGAAACGAACACGAAGCGUGCAGGACUCGCACUCACGCUCACACUCUCACCCGUUUGGCUUCUCUAUAAGCGCUUCCGCUUCCCCCGAAGCUUACAUAGCCUCGGUUUUCUCAAAGCUUCCAACUUUCAAGCUUCUUUCCGCGUUUUCUUGGAAUCGGCUUCCUUCAUGUCCAGCGAGGCCGAGCCGGAGCCGUCCGGGUUCGGCACCGACGUGCCUAGCAACGUCGAGGACUACAUUUCGGCGAAUGAAGGAGAGCCAUCAUUGCCCUGGGACAUUUUUGGUCACGUUUUUGACCUUGUGAAGAAUGGAAAUCAGGCAUUUAGAGAGAAUCGCUUUGAGGAGGCAAUUAAUUGUUACUCCAGAGCCAAUAACAUUAAACCAUGUGAUCCAAUUAUUCUUGCCAACCGAUGUGCUGCUUAUAUCAGGAUCAGUAAAUUCCUUAAACGCAUACCGGCAUCAGCUUCUGAAUAUAGAGCACGGACUGGAUUGGAUCCCACAACACAUGCUGAACUUGCUUUAAAGGAUGCAGAGAAGCUAAUCAACCUUCGAAGUAAUUCAGAAAAGGCGUACAUAUUAAGGGCCGAAGCUCUCAUUUUGUUGGAGAAAUAUGAAAUGGCCCGUGAUGUUAUUCUUUCGGGACUUCAGGUUAAUCCUUUAAGCAAUUAUCUUCAGGAAUCUUUCCAGAAUUUAGAGAGAAUACAAUCUAAUUUCACAGGGAGGAGAAGCCAUAGAAAAGCAGAACGCAGUGAUGACUUUGAUUGCACACUAUGCUUAAAAUUACUAUACGAACCUGUCACAACUCCUUGUGGACAUUCCUUUUGUCGUUCAUGCCUAUUUCAGUCAAUGGAUCGAGGUAACAAAUGUCCUUUGUGCCGCACAAUUCUUUUCAUUAGUCCUAGAACGUGUGCAAUCAGCGUUACCCUCAAUGACAUUAUACAGAAGAACUUCCCAGAGGAAUUUGCCGAAAGGAAGUUAGAGAAUGACCAAAUGACAAACUUUGGUGUUGAUUUGAUGCCACUCUUUGUAAUGGAUGUUGUCCUCCCAUUCCAGAAGUUUCCGCUGCACAUUUUUGAACCACGGUAUAGACUUAUGGUAAGGAGGAUAAUGGAAGGCAAUCGUCGGAUGGGAAUGGUUAUCAUUGAUUCAUCAACAGGUUCAAUAGCUGAAUUUGCUUGCGAAGUAGAAAUUACCGAGUGUGAGCCACUUCCGGAUGGGCGUUUAUAUUUAGAGAUUGAAAGUCGGCGAAGGUUUCGCAUAAUUCGAUCUUGGGACCAAGAUGGGUACCGUGUUGCAGAGAUUGAAUGGGUACAAGACACUCCUCCAGAAGGACGUGAAGCGAGAGAAGAAUUGCAGGAAUUGGCAAGUAAUGCAGCAGAGGAUGCUCGAUCAUGGAUAGCGCGGGGUAAGAGAGCAGCACGUCAAGAUCGAAGACGACUUGAGAGACUUCUCGGUGUGGAAGCGAUGAUGCCUUCACUACAAGAUCCUGAACGCUUCAGCUUCUGGGUAAUCUUCUUGCCUCCUUGUCAAACCGGCGUCCUCAUGAAAGGUUGGAUCUUCUACGCCUGCAAGAUACAAAAGAGAGAAUACACCGGGGACUGAUAUAUCUUCGAGCGGAAGAGCGGGCUUGUCAAGUGCAAUGACGAGAGCUGUAAGUGGGUUUAGUUCGUAUUCUUAAUUGAAUACAGUUUACAGAUUACGUACUCUGAAAAUUCAACAUUCUUUGAUCCGCAAAAUGUUGGUGGAUAAUUUGUUUAUGGUAUAUGAUAUCCAUACACCCCUUUUUACUUCUCACACACCCUUUCUAAAUUUCGGCCAUCGGAUGGAUUGAAGAAGUUCAAAGGAUAGAAAUUAACAAAGGGUGUGUGAGAAGUAAAAAAAAAGUGUGGAUAGCACACCCCUUUUUAUUUAUUGUUACUUUGGGUUUGACCCCUAUUAAUAAUACCAUAAAUAAAAUAAAAAUUCUGUUUUAUUUUUUUAUUGUG